UAGAGACACAUAGGCGGCUCUCAGACUCCCUCCCCAUUCCUGGGUCUGAAAGUUCACAAGCAACUGUCGCUCAGCUGGAAGGAGCGGGGCCUGGAGGAAACAUUUCAUUUGGAGAUGUCUGCAGUGAGGAUGAAGUUAAUCACAGUGCCAGCGCUGGUUGUGCUCGGAGUUUCAGCAGCCUGCUUUGGAGAGGAUGAUAAAAUUGUUGGAGGAUAUGAGUGUGUUCCUCACAGUGUCCCAUACCAGGUCUACAUCAGACGCUUUCGCAAACCCUGGUGUGGAGCAUCCCUCCUCAACUCUGACUGGAUCCUAUCGGCAGCUCACUGUUACCUACGGCCCAGGCUGUUGAACGUGUGGGUCGGGGCCCACGACCUAUCCAUGGAGGAAAGCUCCCGGCAGUUUUCCACGGUUGUUCAAGCGAUCCGACACCCCGGCUACAGCCACAGAACCACCGACAACGACAUCAUGCUGCUGAAGAUUUCUCCGCCGGCAAAGCUCAAUGACAAAGUCCAACCCGUCCGGCUACCCAGCUCCUGUGCCGGGAAUGGGAGCCAGUGUCUAGUCUCUGGGUGGGGCAACACUGUGCUGGAAGGGGAGCAGUACCCUCACCGUCUGCAGUGUCUUGAAGUCCCCAUCCUCCCAGACCCCGAGUGCAGGGGUAGCUAUGGUGAUACAGUCACCCCCAACAUGUUCUGCGCUGGAUUCCUGGAAGGUGGAAAAGAAGCAUGCCAGGUCGACUCUGGGGGUCCGCUGGUGUGUGACGGGGUGCAGCAAGGUAUCGUCUCAUGGGGCCUGGGCUGCGGAAACCCUGGCUGGACCACCAUUUACACCAAGCUCUGUAACUACGUCUCCUGGAUCAAUGAGACCAUAGCAUCCAACUGACAGCAUCUGCUCACUCUUCGCCAAACACCUGACCUGUGGUCACAUUAAAGACCGACCUU